UUUUCUCAACCGAAAAAAGCGAUAAGAACCUCUAGUUUGGCUAUUACAGAGUACGGUGGUUUUUAUCCUGGAGUAGGAGGCGAUUACAAUAAAAGUAAUCGUCUUCGUGAAAUGAUAUCACGUUGAAGUUCUCCUUGUAAACUUUACUUGUAUUACUCGUACUUGCACAUUAUUCACGACGGAGUCAACGAUUUUAGCCAACGCGAAACGGAUUUCAGCCAGCGCGAAAUACCAAUGUUCACCAAAAAAUAAGUUUUUUGUGUUUGUCAGGAAGAUGUGAAAAGAAAGAAAGAAAUAGAGAUCAUCAACGAUCAACAGUGUCAACCUAAUAUUAAAUGUGAGUUGUACUUGGCUGCUCUUAAUUUGCAUGAAUUAUCGAGAGUGCUCCAAAAUUCGCUAAAGCAUGGCCACCUACAUCAGAAGAAUUCAAUAUGAAUACUGUAAAAGAUUCAAUACCACCGUUGGUGUAUAACUUUGUUGUAUGGGCAACUGGUAAAAGUGACUCUCAGGUUAUCAAUGCUCCUGAUGUAAAUAAUCAUGGCUGGAACAUCGACAAAAUUGUUGUAUAUUGGAUGGAUACAGAUUGUGCUGUAGAGAUGCUGAAAGAAUUGAUCAGCUGUGAAUGCAAAAGUGGGUGCAAAAAAAGAAGUUGCAAAUGUUUAAAGAAUGAACUCUCGUGUACAAAGAUGUGUAAUACAUUAAAUGCGAGAACGGAAAAAAUGAUAUCGCAGAAUCGAGCGAAGAAGAUUGCGAUGACGAGGUUAAUGUUAAUUUUAGUAACGUCGACGCUGAAGAUUUAAGUUCAUCGAAAAGUUCUCGAUACGACCCGAUAAUUAAAUAUUUGCCUAGUUUUUUCUAGUUUUUAAGGCUGUAAAAAAUUGCUAUCAAAUUCCGAUCUUUCACCCUAGUUGGGGAAGGAAGGAAUCCUUGGUCAGUGGAGUUAGAACAUUGAUGAAACACAUGUAAGUGUCGAAUAUUGACGCGUUGUGUCCUGUCCAUUAAUGUUAGUUUGAAAAUUAUAAAGUGGAGAUGGUGUCUAUUAAAUUCAGAAAUAAAAACAUAAGAGUAAAUAACUUUUACAGUGGUGCUAUUGCACAUAAUAUUGAAAAUGUGAACGUCGACAACCUAGUGCCCUACCAGCAAACCAAGGUAAGGAUGAGAGAUUAGUCAUUGGGUACCGGGGUAAAGACAAGUGCUCCCCACUAAUGAUAAGAUCCCAAAAAAUCUCCAUUCCCAUGGUGUCUCCCAAUAUUCUGAGGGCUCUGCGUUAACCAUUCGUUCCGUCUAAGCGACUACUUUGGAUGGUUGGUUAAGUACAAUCAGAUCCUCUCUAAAGUAUAAGAGUUGGUAAGGCAUUGUUUUGGCAACAUUAUCGUUAAAAAGAUCGCUAAACUAAGCCUAAAAGUCCUGUGAAGGAAUCCGAAAGUAGUACCUUGUAAAUGUAUGGUAACGAUCAAGUCUGGAAGUGUCUACAAACAAAGGUUCAAUCUCUACGUGUAAUGUUGUGUGUGUUGUGUGAUAGAGUAUAAGUACAAGGAGGUUCUAUCACAUAACGUGUAUUAAAUCAUCAUGUAGUAUAUCUAUAUAUUAUUUCGAAUGAGUUAUCCAAAUUUCAAUUAAGUAGUCAUUAUAAACUAAAACCAACAAUUCCUGUAAGCCCUUACGUCAAUGUGAAUACGGCUUUAAAGAUGACAGAACUACAACCUGCACCAAUGUGAUUUUCUGCAUAAAAGUUGCUUUCCAUCGAUUUAUAGCUUGUUUAUUCACCAAAAUGCCUUUCUAAAAAAUUGUCCCCAUCUCAUGGACUAAUACUAUUUAAGUUUGUUUUUGUAAUUCUCUUGCUGCGUAUAACAGUUGAUAAGUCCAAUUUUAUUAUGUGGUGGUGAGAUUUUGGUAUAUGGUGGUGUUAUAAUUUCGUAGUGGUGGUAUAACUUACGUGGUGUUGAUAUUAUACUUUGUUACGACGUGGCAUUUGUGAUUUUCACGAAAUGUGCCUCACUAAAUCAAUUACUUUAAUUAAUGAAAUUUUUGCACAAAGCCGAAGCGCGAAGUGUUCUUUUAGUUGCUCGAAAUUACAAAUUUUUUGCGUAUUUAGCUGCGCGAAAAUAUUUUGGCGCGCAAGUGAAAAAAAUAACGAGAUAAUACUUUUUCCUUCACAAAAUAUUCAUAAAAUUAAUUAUCAAUAACUCAUGAAGUGCUGUUUCCUUUCUUAUUUUUUUUUUUUUUUUUUUUUUUGCGUAACUUCUGUAUCUUGUUUUACAAAUGUUUUCAGCAGGAAAGAACUCAUUAUCAUUAUAAUUUUUCUUCAUUGCUUUCGUCAAGUUUAGGAUCUUCUAAAAACGUUUUUACUUUUAGAAACAUCUCACUACUACGGGUUAUUUUCUUACUAUCAAUGUUAUUUGGAUUUCAAGUCUCUCGUACAGAAGCUUCUAAAAUCCAACCAUAAUUAAUAAAAUAGCGACAGAAGCGUUAUAUUUUCCUGGUAUGUAGUGUAUCACUUUGUAAUCCCGUUGCGCUUUCUAAUCCCAUCGCAUUUUGUAUACCAAUCUUGUCACAGUUUGUAAUCCCAUUGCACUUUCCAACCCAUUUUGUCGCAGUUUGUAAUCAUAAACCUAUCGCAGUUUGUAA